GAGAGGCACGGUUAACCUUAGAUACGGUCGCGCUGCUUGUAGUUUCAGUACCGCCAACCAAUUCACCCCGUCCGCCACCCCUCCCCGUGCCAAGCACCUGGCGAGCCAAGGUUUCUCCCGCCAACCAGAUCCGACCCUGCAGCUUCAAGGUCCUUGACUGCUUUCCAAGCUUCUUCUGCGGGGCCAUGAAGCAGGAUCCGCUACAAAUGCAUCCGCGUCCUUCCAGCGGAGGGGAGCAUCCCUCUGGGCGGCAGAAAGAGGUGAAAGACGCGGCUGCUGAAGCUGAAGCUGGGUCGUCGAAAUCCCCGCUGUGGGUCUUCGGCUACGGCUCGCUGGUGUGGAGACCUGAUUUUGAGUUCACCUCCCGCAAAGUGGGCUUCAUCCAUGGCUACACCCGCCGCUUUUGGCAAGGAGACACUUUCCACCGAGGCAGUGAAAAGAUGCCUGGAAGAGUAGUCACCCUCCAAGAAGAUUAUGAGGGAUGCACGUGGGGUGUUGCCUAUGAACUCCGUGGCGACCAAAUUGCUGCUUCGCUCAAAUAUUUAAAUAUGCGGGAAGCGGUGCUUGGAGGCUACGACACCAAGCUGGUGAAGUUCCACCCCCAAGAUAAAGAGACUAGUGAGCCUAUCCUGGCUCUGGUUUACACUGCAACCCCCCAGAAUCCCUCCUAUCUUGGUCCAGCAUCUGAGGAGGAUAUUGCAGCUCAAAUAAUAGUUUCCAGCGGUCGUUCAGGCCACAAUAUAGAAUACCUGCUGCGGCUGGCGGACUUCAUGCGUUACUGUUGCCCUCAGGUAGAAGACGAGCACUUGUUUGCAAUUGAAGAGGCUUUGAUCUCUAUCUUGCCCUGCCUAUACCAUGCUGAGGAGUCUUUGGCAGAAGAAUAAACAUGACUUUGCCAUCCAGAGGGGCUGAAAUAGAACUUCUUAACCAAGGGCAGGAGCAAACACAACAGACAUGCCUUUUAAUGCAACUAAAGUAAGAUCAAUAAAGCCAAUGGCUGAAGUAGCAGUAGACAGAGAGGGGUGGAGGCCCAACAGUUACAUGCUUCCUACUUAAAAACAUCAUCUGACUGCCAGCAGAUGCUUUGUCUUCAGCGGAAAUUGGAGAGACCCAUUGCCACUCCAGCUACUGCUGUUGAUGGGGGAUGCAAAGCUGUCUGAAAAACUCUCUCAAAGGCUGCAGAUCUAUAAACAGUAACCUGGGUGCAAGUCCUAUUCCAUUUGAUGGGACCUGCUGCUGAAUAAACAUGCAUAAUAAGAUUGUGUAACAAACUGAUUUUUGGAGGUCCAUACUAAGCAGUGUUCUUUUUAAUCCUUUUAAAGAGGGAAAGAGCAGACUUAACAAUGUUCUUUCCUUACAGUAUUUUUGAAGCAACCCACCCACCCCUCCAAAGCAGAGACUUGACUUCAGUGUUGAAACACUUGGAGAUUUGCUCUACCUCACAAGCUGGCAAAGCUCCAAGUGUGGCCUGGAGUGUGGUUCAGGCCUCUUUCUCCAGCCUCCAUUAUAGGGGCUUGACCGUUACUCAUAUGCCAGGGGUUCAGUGCAAUAUGUACUUGUCUCGCCUUCUGUAGGCUCAGAUGGGGCCAAAUUUUCUUUCAACUUGUCUUAAGUAAACAGUUAAUGCACUACUUUUUUAACUUGAAAAAUUAACUUUUAACUGGAAGAUGUAUUUAUUGUAAUGAAUAUAUAUAUUUCUUGAA